AUGAAUGAGAGUAUGAUAGACUUAAAUGAAGAAUUGCCUAUUCAGACACCUAGUAAGCCAGUUUCUAGGAUGCCUUCUAAAGUGCACGACAAAAACAUCCAGGGGAAUGUAGAAGAGAUGAUGGAUUGUGAAUCAACUUUGGCGGCGGACUCACAGGAUGCUGAGCGGAAUGCAGAUGAUACUGCCAUGACAUUAAAAGAUAGGCAUUUGGAUAUCAUUGCCAUGAAUGUUAAUAAUACUAUUCAAGAGCUUAAUAAGAUAUAUAGCCAAAUCGGUUAUUCCACAACGGAAAUAUCAAUAAAGAAGUCUGAAAUAUUUACAGUAAUUGAAGAUACCAUAAGCAACUUCACUUCUAGUUUACAACGGGAGAAAAAUAAUAUUGAAAACGAAUGUGAAUGGUUACGACAACAAAUCCGAAUAAUAUUGGCUAUGGUUAAUGAUAAUAAUGGUGAAAAAUCUCUAUCGUUAAUUGAAAGAGGCAUAGUAUUCAGCAAUAGGGCAAUGUACGAACAAGGAUACAAGGAUGAUAUACUAGCUAAGUUGGCCAAUAUACAAAAUAGGAAACAAAAUUUUUAUGCAAAUUCUCCGUUCAAUAUUACUUCUACUGGAAUUCCACAAACAGAUUUCUCAUUUGAAAGUCAAUACGAAUAUAUGCUUAAUAAUAUCCCCGAGUUAUCGUUGUUGCAGCUUAAGAAUAAAUUGAAUUCCACCUUUCUAGAAGUAUUGAAGAUUUUUAUAAAGUGUUUCAAAAGAUUAAAUGAUCAAACAAUCAUAUACUUAGAUUUACAUGAUGCAAUCGGAGAAUUCUAUUCACCUGAUGCUAAAGUAAUGGUAUUAAAAACUUUGCCAACGAGAGAAGAAGCAGAGCAACAUAAGGCAUUGAUAGAACAAUUUGAGUCGACUAUUAAGUAUCUCAAAUUAUCAAAGAAGGAUUCUAAGGUUGAGCCAAUAAUGAAUUUAAAGAGCAAAAACAAUGAUGAGUUUGCAGUAAUAAUAUCCAGUCCUCGCAAAACAGAUGCAAAAACCAAUAACACGGCCCAAAAUACGGUCAAUAGCCAUACAGAAAAUACAGAAUCGAAUACCGAGAACCCAAUGAAUCAAUUACGAGAUUUAAACUAUAAAAUUGUGAGAGUGAUACGAAGUUUGAAGUUCACGAAAAUCACUAAUGAAUUUUUGUCUAGCAUUCAGACAGAAAUAGAACACUGUGAAAUUGAAUUUAAUAAUAGGAAGAAUCAAAUGAAACAAAUAAUAAAUAAGUGCUUCGAACAUAUAACCAUUUUGAAUUUGAAUGAAGAGCAGAUCAUUAAUAUUCAAAAGAAAUGCGAUAUAACAAAUGGUAAAAAUGGCUCAACGGGCAGUGAUGGAUAUUUUGACAUAGAAACUCUCAAAUUCAUACAGACGAAUCCCAAAGAGUUUGGUCUUAACGACAACCAUUUAAACUUCGUGGGAAAAUUUGGUGAUGUAUUGCAAAAGAUUAGAGAUGCGAAACAAAUGAAAUGGGACUAUUAUUUAACAUCCUGCCAGUCUUUGUGGGCUAAAUUAGGAGAAAGUAAUGACUAUAUCUCCAAUUUCUUGAAUGCGAAUAGUUCCUUGACAGAUAUUUCAUUAAUGAAUUUCAAAAUGGAAUUAAAUAGAUUAUACAUGAGGCGGUCUGAAUUCAUUGAGAAUUUUAUAAUUGACAGCAGAAUGGAGAUCGAAGAGUUAUGGAAUAAAAUGCAUUUUGCUGAUGACCAAAGAAAAUUCUUCAAACAUUAUAAUUAUGAUGUUCAUGAUGAUGAUUUAGACAAGGAAACUGUUUUGAAUGAACACGAGGAAGAGUUGACCCGAUUAAAAAAGGAGUAUGAAUCUAAAGAAAAUAUUUUAAAAAUGUAUACCCAGCUAAAUGAUUUGAUCAAAGAUCAAAAUUUCUUGAAAGAUUCUUCUAAAGAUUCAUCUAGAUUAUUAAGUAAGAAUUCAUGUAAAAUAUUACUCAACGAAGAAAAGAUAAGGAAAAAGAUAAUCAAGAAUAUGCCAAAAUUGAUUGAGAGCUUGAAAGCUGAUGUUAUCAAGUACAACCACGAGCAGUUGAAUUGUGGGAAUAAACCUUUCACAAUAAAUGGGGAGGACUUUUUUGAAAAGCUAUUAAUUAUUGAAACAGAACAAAUGAACCAAGGCACCAAUAGAAGCUCAAGGAAUAAGUUCCGUAAUAAUAUGUCAGAGUCACCAAAAAAGACAAAUAACUACACUCGAUCGUCGCCAUUAAAACCUACAGGUAGAUCGCCAACGAUACAGACUAAAGGCGGCCAAGCUACUUCUUCUAUGAAUAGGACGAAAGGACCUGCAACAUAUGCAAGAAAAUCUCCUUUAAAGGUUUCGCCUUUGAGAAACCAGCAGGCAAUUAAAAAGUCAAUUAACAAGCACACUAAGCUGAUUCCCCCAAGGUCAUUUGGUACCAUUCAACAGAAUAGUAAAUUUGCUCAUGCAAUAAAUAUGAGUUUGAGUAGUCAUAGUGACUCGACAUCAGUCUCGAGUCUCGAAAGUCCAAUUAGAGCCGCUUCAAGAACAAACUCAAAUAUGACGAAAUUUAUGGAUGCACAUUUACAACCAUUAAAUUCACCCUUAACUUUCAAUAACGACGAGACAACUCGAAUAUUUCAUGACAACGAUGACAUCACGAACCAUUCAAAUAUAUCUAAGUUAUCUCCAUUAAGAUUUAACACUUCGUUCAAUAUAGAUAAUGCUAUUAACAAUAGGUCCGAAAGAGCCGAUUUUACACCAACACAAAAAUAUGGAUUUAUUGAUAGUUCAUAUAUUGAUGACAGAGAGAACAAAGAUAUAAAGAUGAAUAAAUAUGCCUUAUCUCCCAUAAAGGUUAUAGCCAUAGACGAAGAAGAUAAAGAGAAUGAAGACGUGAAUGCGAAAACUUCAAAGAAUAUGACUUGCGAUAGUUCCACAAUUAUUGGAGAUGACUAUCAAGCAUGGAGAGACGAAAGAAUACGACAACUAAAUAGCUUAGCUUAA